CAACUUUCUCCCAUUUAUCUCCAGCUGUGAAAAGAAUACACUGAAACACAUCUUCCGUGUGUUUUCGAGAAAACAAGAGUUUCAGGUUACAAACCUUUGCGAGGAAAACAAAAGUAUCAGGUUUCAAACGUUUUCGAUUUUUAAAAGGCCCACUUUCAGCCAGAAUGCACCGCGCGCGCCUUGAUAGAUUUUUUCGUAGUUGAAAAUGGCGGAUUUCGUCGUCGUGUCUAUUGAUGCUUGGAAACCCAUUGCUAUCGGCGUAAUCACGCAAUUGUUAUAUCAUUUUUCCAAACAUAUAAGUGGUAUAUUUAUCUGUAGAAAAUUUUAUAGUGUUUUUUUGUAGUCGUUCAUCGUUUCAUGAUAUAUUUUGGAGAAUUACUUCGGACAUGUCUUGAGUGGUUGUAUUGAAGAUGGCGGAACCUGCUCGUCGAGGAGCCGGUCGUCCACGUUUGCCUGGCUCUGUCAAAUAUAUUCGGCCCAGGGAAAGUGUUUUCACUCUCUGGAGAAAAAGAAAGGGUAAUAGUGGCUUCGACGACUCAACUGACAGCGAGUUUGCCGAGUAUCUGCUUCAUAGAAGCAUAGUUAGUAGAGAGGACUGGUUAUGAAACCCGGCAAACGUCAAAGGGCCGGCCUUUUGUUUCUCGUUAGAGGUUGAAUUGCACCAUCACGUGACAUUGACCGUGCACACUCCAAAACAAUAUGGCGGACACGAACGAUUUGUUUUUCAUUGGAGACGAUUUUGACGCUAUUUUAGAUAUUUUGGAAGAAGAAGAAGAGCUUGAUAAACAGUUUAGAGAAGCUACUGAUGAAGUAAGUAUUAGAUUCUUUCUUAGCCAUCCAGAAUUUAGCGAAAAGCGCUGUGCUUUGACGUUCAUCUUCUUUCAGCUCGAUCGACUAUCAUCUGGUAUCAUCGGUGCUGUUUUUUUUGUAGUGACUCGUAUCAUUACUAAAUCGUUAUACUAUGUAUCGUACUGUACUCACGAUGUAAUUAUAAAGUUACUUUUGUUUACAACAGCUAAACACAAAAUUGCUGACAACAAAAUCUAUCCAAAAUCAAUCAGAGACGAGCUAAGAUCCUACACCUACAACAACGGUCUACAAGACAUAGCAGCUGGAUUCUGUGACAUUGAAGACCUAUAUAAACGCUUGAUAAAGUCUGGAAAUGCUGAAAGAUUUUAUUCUUGCUUCUACUCAACCAUAGCUCUGAAUGCAGUUAAGCAUUUUGAGGGAUUAUCAAGGAACGCUGCUACACUACCGUCUACCAAGGUUGCUGAUUGUAUGUUAGCACACAGCAAGGAGAAAAUUGAAAGCAUUUAUACUUGUGCCCCAUUAACUAAACUUUCAAAUGAAGAAAAAGUUGGA